GGGCAUGCCGCCCCCCAUCCGGAUCGAGGCCUCAUCGUCUUCCAUCGCUGAGGGACAGACCCUGGAUCUGAACUGCCUCGUCACGGGCCAGGCACCAGCCACAGUGACGUGGUACAAGCGGGGGGGCUCUCUGCCGGCCAGACACCAGGUCUCCGGCUCCCACCUACGCAUCUCUCAGGUCUCGGCGGCCGACUCGGGUGAGUACGUCUGCCGCGUGAGCAUUGGUGCCAGCUCCCGUGAGGCCUCCAUCCCAGUUACUGUCCAGCACAGUGCCGGCUCCCCACACGCCCCCCCCAUCCACAUUGAGUCCUCCUCCUCCGCCGUCACUGAGGGACAGUCCUUGGACCUGAACUGCCUCAUCACGGGCCAGUCGUCAGCCACAGUCAUGUGGUACAAGCGGGGGGGCUCCCUGCCGGAUGGCCACCAGGUCUCCGGCUCCCACCUGCGGCUGGUCCGGGUCUCAGUGGCCGACUCGGGUGAGUACGUCUGCCGCGUCAGCACCGGCGCUGGUAUCCAAGAGGCCUCCAUCAUCGUCACCAUCUACCGCACCACCGGCUCACCCUACUCCUCGGGCGAAGAGCCCCCUGUCCGCAUUGAGUCUUCCCCGUCCUCCAUCGCUGAGGGACAGACCCUGGACCUGCACUGCCUUGUCAUGGGCCAGGCACUAGCCACAGUCACGUGGUACAAGCGGGGGGGCUCCCUGCCGGCCAGUCGCCAGGUCUCUGGCUCCCACCUGCGCAUCCCCCAGGUCUUGGCAGCCGACUCCGGCGAGUACGUCUGCCGCAUCAGCACUGGCACCAUAGUCCAAGAAGCCUCCGUCAUUGUCACCGUCAGCAGCGCCAGGUCUUCCUACCCCUCGGGCAUCCACCCCGCAAUUUCGAUAGAGCAGUCAUCAUCCUCUGUCACUGAGGGACAGACCCUGGACCUGAAGUGCCUCGUCGCGGGCCAGGCGCCAGCCACGGUCAUGUGGUACAAGCGGGGGGGCUCCCUGCCGGCGGACCACCAGCUCUCCGGCUCACACCUGCGGCUGGUCCAGGUCUCGGCGGCUGACUCGGGCGAGUAUGUCUGCCGCGCCGGCACCAAGGAGGCCUCUGUCAUCGUCACCAUCCAGCAGAGCAGCAGUAUCUCCUAUCCCUCAGGCGUCACCCCACCAGUGAGGAUUGAGUCUUCCUCGUCCUCUGUCGCCGAGGGACAGACCUUGGACCUGAACUGCCUCGUUGCGGGCCAGGUGCAGCCCAGAGUCACAUGGCACAAGCGGGGGGGCUCCCUGCCGGCCAGCCACCAGGUCUCCGGCUCGCGCUUGCGCAUCCUCCAGGUCUCGGCGGCCGACUCAGGCGAGUACAUCUGCCGCGUCAGUACUGGCGCCAUCACCCAGGAGACCUCGCUCAUCGUCACCAUCCAGGGCGGUGCCGGCUCCUCCUACUCUGUGGGCGUCACCCCCCCAGUGAGGAUUGAGACCUCUUCCGCGUCCAUUGCCGAGGGACAGACCUUGGACCUGAACUGCAUGGUCGCAGGCCAGGCGCAGCCCAGAGUCACGUGGUACAGGCGAGGGGACUCCCUGCCAGCCAGUAGCCAGGUCUCCGGCUCCCGCCUGCGCAUCCCCCAGGUCUCAGUUGCCGACUCGGGCGAGUACAUCUGCCGUGUCAGCAAUGGCGCUGGCCCCUUGGAGGCCUCCGUCAUCGUCACCAUCCCCCGCAGUGCUGGCUCCUCGUACCCCUCGGGCAUGGCGCCCCCUGUCCGGAUUGAGUCUUCCUCAUCCUCCAUCGCGGAGGGACAGACCUUGGACCUGAACUGCCUCGUCGCGGGCCAGGCACAGCCCAGAGUCACGUGGUACAAGCGGGGGGGCGCUCUGCCAGACAGUCACCAGGUCUCCGGCUCCCGCCUGCGCAUCCCCCAGGUUUCGGCGGCCGACUCGGGCGAGUACGUCUGCCGCGUCAGUACCGGCGCCGUCACCCAGGAGGCAGCUCUUGUCAUCACCAUCGAGGACAGCACCGGCCCAUCCUACUCUUCGGGCAUGGUGCCCCCCAUCCGGAUCGAGUCUUCCUCAUCCUCCAUCGCCGAGGGACAGACCCUGGAUCUGAACUGCCUUGUCGCGGGCCAGGCGCCAGCCACAGUCACGUGGUACAAGCGAGGGGGCUCCCUGCUGGCCAGUCACCAGGUCUCCGGCUCCCGCCUGCGGCUGCUCCAGGUCUCUGCAGCCGACUCAGGCGAAUACGUCUGCCGUGUCAGCACCAGCGCCGGCCCCCGCGAGGCCUCCAUCACUGUGAGCGUCCCCUCUGGCACCAGCUCCUCCUACCGUCUGCAGAGCCCCAUCAUCUCCAUCGAGCCGCACAGCACUGCUGUGCGCCAGGACGAGGAUGCCACCUUCAAGUGCCGCAUCCACGGUGGCGCCCGGCCCAUCAAUAUCACCUGGAAGAUGGCCCCGAAGCAGCAACUGCAAGACAAUGUGAAGAUCAGCCCCAAUGGCUCAGUGAUCACCAUCUCCAGGGCUCGCCCCAGCAACCAGGGGGCCUAUCGCUGUGUGGCCUCCAACCGCUACGGAGUAGCCAACAGCGUGGUUAACUUAAUGGUGCAAGGCUCUCCUACAGUGUCCGUGAUGCCCAAGGGCCCCGUGACGGUGAAGGCAGGCAAGUCCAUCAGCCUGGAUUGCCUUGGCAUGGGCGACCCACGCCCACUUGUUCGCUGGAGCCGCUUGGGCAUGAGGCAGAAAAUGGAGCACCAGAAGUUGUUGCCCCUGGAGAGCCAAGCAGUGCUGCAGAUCUCGGCAGCCAAGCCUGAAGAUGCUGGCACCUACAUUUGCAUGGCCCAGAACUCCAUCGGCUCUGCACAGGUCCAAGUGGAGGUGAGCGUGGAAGCUGCCCACGGAAAGCCCGGCGCCCCUGAAAUCACAGUGAAGCCGACACUGACAGUGGUAGCUGGAGAAACCGCGACCCUCCAGUGCUCCGCUAUAGGUGACCCCCCUCCCACCAUCCAGUGGUCCAAGCUGAGGGCCCCGCUGCCCUGGCAGCAUCGGGUGGUGAAUAACACUCUGCUCAUCCCCCGCGUGGCCCAGCAGGACUCAGGCCAGUACAUCUGCAACGCCAGCAAUGCUGCCGGCUUCACCGAGGCCUUCAUCACACUGGACGUGGAGACACCCCCCUACGCUACCAGCCUGCCCGAGGAGGUCUCGGUGUCAGCGGGCGAGGCGGUGCAGCUGCAGUGCCUGGCCCACGGCACACCACCCCUGCACUACCAAUGGAGCAAGGCCAAUGGCAGCCUGUCCAGCAACGCCGUCCUGCGGGAGAGUGCCCUGCACAUCCGCCCCACUGUGCCCGAGGACUCGGGGACCUAUCGCUGCCUUGUCAGCAACAGGGUGGGCUCGGCAGAGACCUUCGCCCAGGUCAGCGUCCAGGGAUCGGCCCCCAGCGCCUCCCCGACCGUGCGAGUCACACCCCAGACGGACGUGAAGGGCGUGGGCGGCACGGCCGAGUUCACCUGCUCCGUCACCGGAGACGCCCGGGCGCGGAUCGAGUGGUUCAGGGAGGAUGGGGAACUGCCCGCCAGCCACAGCGUGCGGAACGGGGUGCUGCGAAUCCAGAACUUGGAUCGUGGUUGCCAGGGAGUUUACACCUGCCGAGUAAGCAGCCCCUCCGGGCAGGCCCAGGACAGCGCAAGGCUGGUGAUCCAGGCUCUGCCCAAGGUGAUGAUCAACGUGCGCACCUCGGUGCAGUCAGUGCUGGUGGGCGCAGCGGUGGAGUUCGAGUGCCUGGCCAUCGGGGACCCCAAGGCACAUAUCACCUGGAGCAAGGUGGGCAGCCGCAUUCGCCCCGAGGUGGUCGUCAGCGGUGGGAUGGUGAAGAUCGAGCGGGUGGAGCAAUCGGACGCAGGGCAGUACCGCUGCACCGCCACCAACGACGUGGGCACCGUGCAGUCCAACGUCAUCCUGCACGUGCAGUCCAUCCCCCAGAUCGCAGCUCAGCCGGAGGUCAAGGAGGUCACCAUGGGGUCGAGGGCAGUAUUCCCGUGCCUGGCGUCCGGCUUCCCCGUCCCAGAGAUCAAGUGGACCAAGCUGGAAGGAGACCUCCCAAAAGACAUUUGUCUGGAGAACAACGUCUUGACCAUUCCAUCUGUGAAGCCAGAAGAUGCCGGGAUCUAUGUCUGCACGGCAUCCAACAGGCAAGGGAAGGUGACGACCUUCUCCAUGCUCAAAGUCCGAGAGCGGGUGGUGCCGUAUUUUACUCAGAAUCCACAGACCUUCCUUGCCUUGCCCACCAUCAAGGACGCCUACAAGAAGUUUGAAAUCCAGAUCACCUUCCGGCCAGACACUGCUGAUGGGAUGCUGCUGUACAAUGGGCAGAAGAAGAGCACCGGCGCUGACUUCGUGUCCUUUGGUCUGGUGGGAGGCCGCCCGGAGUUCAGGUUUGACGCCGGCUCAGGCAUGGCCACGAUUCGGCACCCGGCGCCAAUCCGACUUGGGGAGUUUCACACGGUCCGACUAUACCGGAACCUCACCCAGGGCUCCCUGGUGCUGGACAGCCACCCUCCUGUCAACGGCACGUCCCAGGGUAAAUUCCAAGGGCUGGAUCUGAACGAGGAGCUGUACCUUGGCGGCUAUCCCGACUACAUCGCCGUCGCCAAAUCCGGCCUCAGCAGUGGCUUUGUGGGCUGUGUGCGCCAACUGCUGGUCCAGGGCGAGGAGGUGAUCUUUAAGGAUCUGGACUUGAAAGCUCAUGGUGUUUCCAACUGUCCCACGUGCCGGGACCGGCCAUGUCAGAAUGGAGGCGUCUGCAGGGACUCGGAGAGCAGCAGCUACGUGUGCCACUGUCCACAGGAAUUCACGGGGAGCAACUGUGAACAUUCACAGGCACUGCAUUGCCACCCAGAGGCCUGCGGACCGGAUGCCACCUGCAUUAACCGUGCAGACGGGCAGGGCUACCGCUGCCGCUGCCACCUGGGCAAGUCUGGGGAGACGUGCAUGGAAGGCGUCAUGGCGACCACCCCUUCCUUCAGUGGGAGCGACUCGUUCAUCUCCUACCCGCCCCUCACCAACAUCCACUACGAGCUGCGCCUCGAGGCGGAGUUCAAGCCGCUCUCCCCCGACGGCCUCAUCCUGUUCAGCGGGGGCUCAGGCGCCCCCGUGGAGGACUUCGUGUCACUUGCCGUGGCCAGCGGGCACGUGGAGUUCCGCUACGAGCUGGGCUCAGGCAUGGCUGUGCUCCGGAGCACAGAGCCACUCGCCCUGGGCCAGUGGCACAAAGUCUCGGCAGAACGGAUCAACAAGGAUGGCACCCUGCAGGUGGACAGCAGCAAGCCGGUGAAGAGGUCCUCCCCGGGGAAAAGCCAGGGGCUCAACCUCCGCACGCCCAUGUACCUGGGCGGGGUGGACAAAUCCAUCACGCUGCCUGCGGCCGCCAGCAUCAGCUCCAGCUUCCAUGGCUGCAUUGGGGAGGUGUCGAUCAAUGGGAAGAAGGUGGACAUCUCCUACAGCUUCCUGGAGAGCCGGGGCAUCACCCAGUGCUACGACAGCUCACCCUGCGACCGCAGGCCCUGCCUGCACGGCGCCACCUGCAUGCCCACUGGCGAGUACGAGUUCCAGUGCCUGUGCCAGGAUGGCUUCCGAGGCGGUCGCUGCGAGCUCGCUGAGGAUCAGUGCCUGCUCAGGAACCCCUGCCUGAACGGUGGGAAGUGCAAAGCAAACAAGUGCCUGUGCCCGGCCGGCUUCUCGGGGACAUACUGCGAGCAGGGCCCGGCCCUGGCGGCGCUGGACCGUGAGUGGGCCCUGGAGGGCAGCGGGGGAAACGACGCCCCAGGCCAGUACGGAGCCUACUUCCAGGAUGGCGGCUACCUCGCGCUCCCCCGGCACGUGCUGCCCCGCAGUCACCCCAAGUCUCCAGAGACCAUUGAGCUGGAAGUGCGCACGCGCUCCCCGAACGGCCUCCUCCUGUGGCAGGGCGUGGUGACCGGGCAGCCUGCUCUCAAGCCACAUGCUACUAGCGAGGAGGAAGGGCAGAACGGCAAAGCCAAGGACUUCAUCAGCCUCGGCCUGAGAGAUGGACACCUGGUGUUCAGUUACCAGCUGGGCAGCGGCGAAGCCAGCAUCGUCUCUGAGGACCCCAUCAACGAUGGAGAGUGGCACAGAGUGACAGCCGUUCGGGAAGGCAGGCGGGGCUCCAUUCAGGUGGACGGCGAGGAGCUGGUGAGUGGGGAGUCGCCAGGCAGCAACGUCAUGGUGAACACCCAAGGCAACGUGUACAUAGGCCCGGCCCUGGCGGCGCUGGACCGUGAGUGGGCCCUGGAGGGCAGCGGGGGAAACGACGCCCCAGGCCAGUACGGAGCCUACUUCCAGGAUGGCGGCUACCUCGCGCUCCCCCGGCACGUGCUGCCCCGCAGUCACCCCAAGUCUCCAGAGACCAUUGAGCUGGAAGUGCGCACGCGCUCCCCGAACGGCCUCCUCCUGUGGCAGGGCGUGGUGAGUCGCGCUGGGGGCUGGGCCCCUCGCUAUGUGGGGGAUGCUCGGGGGUACCGCUCCCUGAGCCGUGCCAUGGCUGCCAGGCUCUCCAUCACCCCCCUGGCGCAUGCUGCUUCGCUGUCCGUGGGCAUUUCACCGCCCUGUUGCACGUUUCUCCUCCAGGUGACCGGGCAGCCUGCUCUCAAGCCACAUGCUACUAGCGAGGAGGAAGGGCAGAACGGCAAAGCCAAGGACUUCAUCAGCCUCGGCCUGAGAGAUGGACACCUGGUGUUCAGUUACCAGCUGGGCAGCGGCGAAGCCAGCAUCGUCUCUGAGGACCCCAUCAACGAUGGAGAGUGGCACAGAGUGACAGCCGUUCGGGAAGGCAGGCGGGGCUCCAUUCAGGUGGACGGCGAGGAGCUGGUGAGUGGGGAGUCGCCAGGCAGCAACGUCAUGGUGAACACCCAAGGCAGCGUGUACAUAGGAGGCGCUCCUGCCAUCCAAGCCCUGACCGCCGGCAAGUUCCGCUCAGGAAUCACAGGGUGCAUUAAAAACCUGGUGCUGAGCAGCGAGCGGCCAGGCCAGCCGCCGCGGCAGCCCAUUGACUUGCAGCAUCACUCGGAGGCGGGAGUUAACAUGCAAGAGUGCCCCUCAUAG